AUGGACCAAUCUCGUUGGAGAGAAGGUCAUGUGCUGAAGGAGUUCCAAAUCAGUGACCGUAAUCGGAAAAAACAACCUAUUGCUGGCGUUCUUGUCGAUUGGGGAAAUUUCCAGAAAAACUGCAUUUUCAAGUUUCUACGUGCUGGAAAGCCGUUUUAUGAGGGCGAGGUGGAGUCGAUGAAACAACAAACAGAAGUGGUCACCACAGCGAAAACGAACACCGAGGUUGGAAUUGCUCUCGAAGAUAAAAGUAUACGAUUCAAAGAAGAUGACACUGUUGAAGUGUACAGGCAAAAAGAAGUGCCGCAGACCAUUGACUGGAAUCCUCCCGGUUUCUGA